AUGUCGACCGCCGACCAGGCCCGCCCCGUCACCCCGGGCUCCCCCCAGCAGCACCGCCGCGUCUCUUCCCUGGAUUUCAACCGAUCUCCGCCGAGCCGUCGCUCGUCGGCCGCAUACUCGCCCGUGCAGGCCCGCCCGCCGCAGAGCCUGCACCCUGCCGCCAGCUACGGCGAGCUCAACGGGGAGGCCGAUGACUCGUUCAACGCCGGCGAACUGGGCAAUCUUGCCGACGAGCUGGCUGACGCCGAGGAGGACGACUACGAAGACGGCGAGGGCGACGCUUCCGUGCUGCAGUCGCACGUCGCCGGCCAGAGCCAGGCCCAGGAGCUCCCCAACGGCCACGCCCGUCACUUCUCCCGUGACGACCCCACCCAAACCCCCAAGACGACAGCCACGCUGAGCCCGACUUCGCGAGCCAACCACCGCCGCAACCGCUCCCGCUACGAUGGCUCCGACUAUGGCAGCGAGAGCGAUCUCGAGGCGUCUGACAGCAUCUCGGCAAGCCUUGAGGCCAAGAUGGCCGCUAUUGAACACCUGGCGCGCCGGGGCACCGAGGACAACGGCAGUGCUACCGACGGCGUCUUCAUCCGUCUGACCGAGCAGCUGCGGGACCUUGGCAGCCAGGCUGGCGUCGAGAGCGGUGCUACUCGCCUGAUCACCGCCCACACCGCUUUGACCACCCACCUUACGCACCAGACCCGGCUUCUGACGUCGUUGACGUCGUCGCUCCUUUCUCCUCUCGCCCCGCCGCUCUCCCCUGAAGCCAUUGAUGCUCUCCUGCCUCUCAUCGCCGACGCCCUGACAUCCCUUCCCUCGGCGCCUCCCACACCCCUCAACGCUCUGGGAAGCCUGAGUGGCCAGACCCACGACUUCCUUGACACAAUCAGCUACCUCUCGGACAGCCUGCACAUGGGCCGACAGACGUCCAACCUCGCCCAGAGGCGGUUAAAGGUGGUCAGGGAGGCCAUGGGCGAGUGGCGCCGCGAGAACGAGCUCCGCGAGGAGGGCAUCAGAUGGAUUGAGAAGGGUAGCUGGGACAACAAACUGAAGGAGAGAGAUGCUGCAAGCGUUUGCAAGGACGUGGUCGGUGGCUUUGAGGAGGCCUGCAAGGGCUGGCGGGAAAGGCUGGUCGCGAUGAGCGAAGUCCCCGCGGCUUGA